AUGUCCCUCGACAAUUCUUUCCUCGAAGACCCGGUCCCUCAAAGUACUCAGGAGGCUAUUGCAAACUAUCUCUGGAACAACAGCAGAUUUCAGCUACAGCCUUACUUCCGAUAUUAUACUGAUCAGUGCCGAUUUGCUGUCCAGUCAUAUAGCGGCUACCUGCCAGUAAAAACGCAUCAACACCUUAUCAACAUCGCUCUGGAUAUCCUGAAUGGCUACCCUCACCACGAAGUCAAGGCAAGACUUGUUGCGCGUCGCACUCAAUUAGGCGAAACUGACUCCGAGGAGUCAUUAAAUGGCAGCAUAGAUCUCACUCUCCGUCUCAUUUAUAUGGUAGAUGUCGGUGUUUUCAGAAAUGCAUAUUCCGGUCGUGAGAGACUGCUUUGGGAUACCGGAACCUCGAAGACUUUCAUUGAAAAUAAGGUGUUCCGCGCGGAAAUGAGACGGGAGCACAGCGGUAUAAAGCUGGAACCCGUUUUCAAUGUUUGCAAUAUCGUUCGAAUUGGGGGGUUCAGGGUCGAAUUGACAUCGAACCUGUCGGAUCAUCUUCUCCUUAGGGAUACGGGUGUGGAAAAAUCUAUUACAAUAUUUCAUCACGCCUCGUUCUUGACUGGGCAGAAACAAUCUUCCCUGUUCCCUGAUGGCUUGGUAGACGAUACCCUACGAACUCUUGCUCUCCUUUUCCCGCAAGGCAACUCCACAACUGCAAGAUGGUAUGGGAAACAUGUACAAGACAACAUUGAAGAGCCGGAUUUCAAUGUUCUAAAAUGUGGCCCGGCUCAUAGGCACAUUGAUGGAUAUAAAUACUGGCACAACCGACUUGUCGAAUUGAAAGAAGCUUUUGAUCAGGCACGUCCAUCAACAUUAACGCAGUGGUGGAAUGAUAGGCGCGAUGGGGUACAAUGGUAUACUCUUUGGAUUGCUAUAUCUUUGACCGUGUUCUUUGGGCUUGUGCAGAGCAUAGAAGGGGCGUUGCAGGUGUAUAAGGCCUAUCACCCUAACUCAUAG